AUCCUUCUCUCUCUGAUGUAGCAAAUAAAAGCCAGCUCCCGGUGCACAGUGGUCACCACUUUCCUCUGAGUGAUCGCGACAAUGUCGACUCUUCUCCGCGCCCUACUGGCCACCGUUGCCGUCUUCGCUCUGCAAGAGGGCGCCUGGGCACAAUAUCCCGAACUGAACCCGGGCCUACAGAGAUUCCAGAACCCACCUCGCUGCUACCCCAACAAUGGCGAAUGGGUCAUGACGAAGCGAAACUACCCGUAUGAUCCUCACUUCGGCGGAACCGCCAAAUGCGUGAAGUACGAGAGAAUCGGACCCGUCGUCGGGAGCAGCAUGAACGUCAGGUUCUCUUGGUGCCAGGACGGAUAUGGACGCGGAUGUGGAUCAAACGUUGGCCGUUACGUCCUCACUGCGACGCCGGGAUACAGCACGAGGAAUCAAUACAACUUCAUGGCAUUCAAUGGUGUAGGCAGUUUCAGAAUGCACACCAUCUUCAAGGACUGCGGCACCUGCUUCGUCGGACGUUAUCGCUAUGCUCUUAACGGAUACGGAUGCGUCCAGUGGCGUCGUUUGUCCUAUACUUUCAACCGACGUGCCGACUACUGCGACUUCAUCUUCGACCUGUUCUGUGGCAACGCCCCCAAGUACCAGGUGUACGAUAACUCCUGCAGUCGUGUGCUCGGAGUGUACAAUGGCAAUUACGGCUGGUGGAAGAAAUAAUCAGUCACUCACGAGGUUUCGGCCGUCUUCUGAGCAUUUAACUGACAGCACGCUUACUGCAAUAAAAGGUUCGUCAGCUUAAA